GCAGUACUAGUUUGCUUAAAUGUCGUCCAAUUGUUGUUAAUAAGUGUAAUAAGAUCCAACAAAUUGGUGUAGACGUGCGUAACAUAUGUAAUUUCAGUUAGCACGUCUUCAGAUUUGCGUGAGACGCGAUCAUUUUCAAUAACCCACACGCACACAAGCAAGCAGUAGCAGAAAAAGAACUGCUCGAGUGCAGUGAGUGUAUGUGUCAAUGUUAAUCGCGCUUUUUGCGCUCGCACAGUUACAAAUCUUCCGCAAGACGCCAUCAUCGUCGUCACCUGUACCAACAUCAAGGUGUGGCAGAGAAACAAAGCACGCGAGUACGCUAGCAGUCGAGGUACCAGAAACAGCAGCUCGUGCCAGUUACUUAACGGUUCUAACAGGCCAUAGUGAUUUGCAGAAGACAACAACAACAACAGCAACUACCCGCAGCAAUAUGAGCAGCAUCACUGAACAGGAUCAGGCCAGUGCCGUAGCCGGCGCUGCCAAUGGCAAAAAGUCGGUUUUAGGACAAGAUGUGGAGAUUGUUGCUUUUAAGGCGCACGAGAAGCAGUGCUGCCGCAGCUUCAAAACCAAUCGGACUAAGGUCUACACCUGUCCCAGCAAUCACUGUCGUGGUUCGUCUAAGGUUAAGCUAAAGAAUAUUGUGGACUACAAAUGGGAGCGCAAAUAUUACUAUCCAGGUCAUCUGGUGGCCGUGCAUCGUGAUGGCAAACAUUUGGCUUAUGCCAUUAAUGUCAACAACAAAGCCACUGGUAUGGAGGGGAUGGUGCGUGUCUGCAAUCUAAACGCCAGUCUGCGCGCUCUCAUUAAAGGAAUGAGUGGCGAGGUGCUCGAUUUGCAGUUCGCACACACCGAUCGGGAGCGGAUACUGGCAGUUAUCGAUGUGAACUCUUUGUUUGUCUACAGAGUCGAUCUAAUUGAUAGCAUUUUGGCGUGCAAUCUUGUGCUGAAAGUGGAGGAUCCUAUAGCCGAUUAUGUGCCACGUUAUGACAUGGUCUCUUGGUGCCCAUAUGUCAUCAGCGGCAGCAGUGCUGGCCAGGAGGAUGAGGAUGAGAAUCAACUAUUAAUUUGGUCACGCAAUUCGCAGUUUCAAUGCUUCCAUGUUAAGAUGAUUGUCACCGAAAAUGGAUGUGGCAAAAUACAACCUGACGAACUGGAUACAGGCUAUCUAAAGAUUGAGGAAGAUUCUCUGAUUACCUGCGCAGCUUUGUCCCCAGAUGGUACCACUGUGGCGGCUGCCUGCGCUGAUGGUGUGGUGCGUUUCUAUCAAAUAUAUCUAUUCGAUGUGCGCAAUCAUCGUUGCCUGCACGAAUGGAAGCCACACGAUGGCAAAAUCGUCAACUCGCUGUUCUUCUUGGACAACAUAAAUAAGCCGGUUGAGGACUCCUACUGGCAACAUGUGAUCACGACCAGUGACAACAACACAGAGAUAAAAUUGUGGAACUGUACACUGUGGAAAUGCCUGCAAACAAUUAACAUUGUGCCAACGGUACAGCAGCCAGAAUUUAUAGCAGGAAUUGAUCGCAGUGCCAGCUAUUUGGUAUUGUCCAGCUUAGAUUCGUUGUCGGUGUUUGUCAUGCAAAUCAACAACAACAGCAUCUGCAGCAGUAACGAUAGUACGGGCAGCGACAGUGAGAGCAGCAGCAGCGCUGAGGAAAGCACAGUACGCAUCGAGAACAUUGCCGAGUUUAAGCUAAGCUCUGGCAUUUUGUCUUUCUCGAUUGUGGAUGCCAGCAUGCGGCGAUUGAAGAGCACCAAUGAAAGCUAUUAUCCCUUUGAUGAGCCGGAUGAUUAUGAUGACGAUACCACGGCUACCCAUGCACUGGUCGUGCACAUGUUUGUGGUGCAAAUGAAAAGUCUACAGGAAUGCCAAAUCAUCUAUCAGCCUUGCGUGGCGGAUAAGUCGGAGCGCAGCCUAAAUAGCAGCAAUAGCAACAACACCAGCAACAAGUCCAUCAAGCGCUCAGAGACCCCGGACGAUGCGCUGCUCAUACACCUGAAAGAUAUUAAACAGGAGCCACUCAGCUCGCCGAACAGCAACAACAGCAGCGGAACAGCAAACACAAGCAACACAGCGACCACGACCACCACCAACGUCCCACUCGAUGCGCUCUUCGCUAAAGUACAGCAGGCCGUAGCUGUGGCAAUCGCCUCCGAACCUUCCGCGGUGGUCCAGGAGCCACAAGUCUCGAACAAAUCGCGUUCCGCUUCGCCACAAUAUGCCAGCGGUUAUCCCCAAUUGAACCUCAUGACACCCGACGCUUUCAGCUCCAGCAGUACGUCUGUGAUUGCAGCUGCCGCGUCUUUGACGACCACUAGUAACAAUCCCAGUGGCACUGAAGCCAGUGCGGCUUCGGAGAAUGUAAACUCACAGGUCCUCAACACGUUGCGCAUGCUCGCCACGGUUACAGGACAGGGUUCAGAUAAUCCGAAUCUCCUGAAUCUUAUGAACAACACGCUCAUCGAGGAUCAACAAAAGCUGAAGGAAUCUUUGGAUGCCCGCAAAAAGUUCAUAGCCAUUGAUCGCAAUCCAGAGCGUAAUGCUGCCGAGAAUAUUGCCAGUGGCGGUUCAAGUCCAAGUCGUGAGGUGCAAGAGAUAAUGGCCACACAGGAGGACGAUGAUAUUUUAGACGCGGAACUACAGAAAAUCCAGGAGGACGACUCAUCCUCAUCCCUAGACGAAGACGAUGAUGUGAAACCCAAUGUCUCUAAAUGGCUGCAGGACGCUCCCGCACCCAAACUGGUACCGGUAAAGAAGUCCGCGGAGCUGCAAAACGCCGCCAACAUUAUGUCGCAGGCGGUGCACGCAUCUGGAGCACAGCAUAAAAACAAUGGCAACAUGCCGCCCACGUUGGGCGGUGGUGGCAGCAACAAUAAUUCAACCGUCAACAUGAACAGCAGCAGCUGCAGCAACAACAACAACAGCGGCAGCAACAAUGACAUUUCGAAUAUAGAACUGAAUUCAAAGCUGGAACAAUUAAUGGACUUGGUCAAGGCGCAGUCGCAGCAGAUUAACAAAAUGGAGCACGAGCUCAACAAACUACAGAUGCAGCAGCCACAGAAAAAUAAUGCCGCUGCCAUGCAACCGAAAAGCAUAAAUGAAUUGGCCUAUAAAAUUGAAAUGCAAUUAUCUAAGCUAAUGGAGCAAUAUCUGAAGCGAUACGAGAACGAGCACAAGAAGAAACUGACCGAAUUCUUGGCGGCACGCGAGAAUCAGAAUCGUGAGUUGCGCGAAACUGUCAUACAGGUUUUAAAUCAGUAUGUCAUGAAUCACUUCACCGACAUUAUUGGCAAUGUUCUCAACAUGGAGCUGCAGCGUCAUUUGCUGCCACGCGUCAACGCCAAAAUGGAUCAGUUACAGAAUCAAAUGCAGGUGGAAAUUGUGCAGAAACUUAGCGUAUUCGAUAAGACCGUCAAGGAGAAUAUCGCACAGGUGUGCAAGAGCAAGCAAUUCCUGGAUGCCUUUGGCAAGUCCGUUUUAAUUGGAGUGCAGGCGAGCCUACAAACGGCAUUUAUUGAAUCGAUGAGCAGCACUCUGAUACCGGCCUAUGAGAAGUCCUCACAGAAUAUGUUUAAGCAGUUACACGAUGCCUUUUCCGUGGGAAUUAAGGACUUUAUGGUGCAGUUCAAUGCUUAUCUACAGCAUAUACCGCACUCUGGCGAGAAUUCGGAGGAUUUGCACAACAAACUGAGCAUAUUCCGGCAGCAAAUUGAGACCCAUUUGAAUAAGAAUCGUUCGGCAUUAACCGAUGCAAUGCUGGAGACACAGCGUGAGGUGAAGAGCCUAGAAAUUUUAUUGGCACGACAAGUACAGGAGACCCUACGCGCUGAGUUGCGCAAGUUUUACGAGACCCAAAACAUCGCAUUGCGAUCACAGGCAGCCACACCCGCACCCACUUACGAUUUGCGCGAUAGCAUUAAGCAGUUGCUGCUAUCGGGCCAGAUCAAUAGGGCCUUCCAUCAAGCAUUGUUGGCCAACGAUUUGAAUUUAGUUGAAUUUACAUUGCGCAACACCGAUCCUACUCAAGCCUUUGGGCCCGACGGCUGCAGGCUCGAGCAGAAGGUGCUGCUCAGCUUGAUACAGCAAAUAUCGGCGGAUAUGAGUAAUCACAAUGAGCUUAAACAGAGUUACCUCAGCGAUGCGCUGCUGGCCAUCAAUAUGUCGGAUCUUAUAACGCGCGAGCAUGCUCCGAAAGUGCUUUCCGAACUCUAUCGUAAUUGUCAGCUGUUCAUCAAGAAUUGUCCGAAGAGUACGCAAUGCAGCAAUGUGCGUUUGCUGAUGAAGACCAUUAUGACGUAUCGUGAUCAGUUGAAAUGAUAUAUCGGUAUUGGUAGCGUUAACUAUGCCACCCAACACGACAAAAGCGGCUGGUAUUGACCGCACACACAAACACACACACAUAAUACACACAACCACACCUAGUUAGUCCUCCCACAGACACGAUUUUUACUCGAUAAACAUAUUUUCUACACUUCAUUUUUAUGCUUUUAAGUUCAAAGUUUCCUUUUUAAAUGUAACGAUUUUUGAUUGUGCGUGCUUUAUUGUCUUUAGUAUAUCUUGCUAUUUUAAAUUUAAAAGACGAUUCUCAUUUUGUAUUUGUAUAUUGUGUUUUUCAAAAAGUGAUUCGCGUUCCGAUUUAUAGAGCAUGAAUUCACUUGCGUGAUUUUUCAACUGCAAUAAGUCUUAUUUUUUAAAUGUUCCUUCUCGAUUAUGAACCGUCUUGCUAUUUACUUUUUAUUUAAAAUGGCGCUUUGAUGAAGAAGACGAAAAAUAGAGCUAUAUUUUGAUUUUAUAAACAAAUUUUCAAUGCAAACUAAACUCGAUAAUGUUAAACACACAUAU